GGCGUUGCCACAGGGACGGGAUGUGUUGCCCCAGCAACCGCUGCAGCAACGACGUCUGCAUGGCCGACGCCGCCGUCACGUCUCAGAUGAUCCCCGACCACGACGGAGGGAGGACAGCUCCGUCCCGAGGGUGGAGGAAGAGAGGCAGGGCGGAGGUCAAAGGCCAGCUGGGCGCCCCCUGUGUGCGCUCCCCCGACUGCUCCCCGGGGCUGUGCUGCGCGCGACACUUCUGGACCCGCAUCUGCAAACCCGUGUUGCAGGGGGGACAGGUUUGCACGCGACACCGCCGCCGGAAGGGAACCCCCGGCCUGGAGCUGUUCCAGCGCUGCCCCUGUGGCGACGGGCUGCGCUGCAGGACGCCAAGGCGGCCCGGACCCCGCUCUUCAUCGACGUCGUCUUCGAUGGCGGCGGCGGCAGCGAAGUCCAAGUUCACGGCGCCCUCGUCCCACCGCGCGGCGCCGCUGUCCUUGUCGGCAAAGUCCUCCUCCUCCUCGUCUUCGAAGGCCAGACUCCACGUGUGCCAGGAGAACUGAAGAGAAGAAGAGCGAGGGGAGGGGCCUAAACCACCUGGUCACACCGAUAAGCCCCGCCCCAAAAAAACACUCAUCGCUAACGAGCUUCCUGUCGCCGCCUAAACUCUGUGAGCGAGACGAGAGAAACUUCAAAGACAUCAACAUGUAAACACUUUGUUACUUUAUCAACAUGUAAACAUGUUGUUACUUUGUCAACAUGUAAACACUGUUACUUCAUGUCAACAUCAACAUGUAAACAUGUUGUUACUUUGUGUCAACAUCAACAUGUAAACACUUUGUUACUUUGUGUCAACAUGUAAACACUUUGUUACUUUGUGUCAACAUGUAAACACUUUGUUACUUCAUGUCAACAUCAACAU